GAGCAGCGUUGUCACCAACGUCUGCUUCUGCAGGGAAGUCAUCCUGACCGAGGAGGAUUUGAAACAAUCACCCUCUCCACCCAAAUCUCCUCGCUUCCGAAACAUGCUUUCCCGUUUUGCCCGCCGUAGGAGGUCGUCGUGUUAGAGGCCGACUCCGGUCGAUCCUUCGAUCCUCGUCCGGGACGUGCCGCUCGUCGUCGAACACGUCGAUGUGCCGUUCCUUUCCAAAGGACCGGCACCUGCUGUCCCGACAGCGGCUAGGCGGAGUCGGCGUAACUCGCUGUUCAUCACGAGCGCGGCCAAAUCCGACGCUGUGUGCGAAGGAUGGUGACCCGGAACUAGUUAGCCUGCAGUAUCUGCUUUUCAUAUAAAUCCCACACAAAUGCUUUUGCAUCACCACGACCUUUGUGAGGCAUGGUUUGCUUCACCCUGAUUCAGUUUCACUUUGCUCUUCUC